AUGUCGCCAACGCAAUUGCUUCUGGAUUCCCAUUUUCUCGUUGUUCUUCCGGACCCGGAUACCCCAUAUGAAUUGCCAUUGUCCCUUUCAGAGAUCGAGAAUCUCAUCGUAUCGAAUGGUGGCACAUUCGUGACAGAAACAGCUGAAAACUCACUGAAUUCCAUCGCUGACCACAAUAUCAACCAUGUUCUUACACAGUCAUACCAUUUUGCAGGCUACUUGCAGGCCAGCAAGCGCCUAGUGCCCAUAACAUCGUUCAAAUGGCUCACGGACUCAAUUGCAAUCAAACAGAGAAAAAACUACCGCUUAUACUUGCCUACACCGGCACCUCCUAUGGCAGGCAUCUUGAUCUGUGCUGCUAACAACUUGCCACAGGGCGAUAAGGACUUGAUGUACACUGCAACCCGGCUGUUUGGAGGCCAUUACCUAGAUAUGCUCUCCGGCCACACAACACAUCUCAUUUCGGUAGACCAAGUAAAUGGGAAGGCAUUGGUGACUGCACACUUGGUCCAAAAGAGAAAUAUGGCCAUAGAUGUGGUGCUUCCGUCGUGGUUUGCGAGAUGUCUUGAGCUACAGAGGAUAGUUUCAGUCCAGCCGUAUCUAUUACUGGACCCCGUAGUUUCCGAGCUGGGACAGCCAAACAGUAGAUUGCUUCUCGAAGAUGAGCUGCAGAUUGUCUCCAGCUCUCAUGUUUUGGCCGGAAAAAGAGUACAUAUCUCCACGGAUUUCGACAUAAGCAAGAUGUUUCUGGAUUCUGUAGAGGCUCUUAUCACCUCAAAUGGUGGUCUUGUGGUUUCCGAAUUUGAUCCAGACAAUAUCGAUAUAUUGGUGGCGAAGUAUAGAGACGGAGACCGCUUCAAACAAUGUUGCGCGGAUGAUCGAAUAGACGUUGGCCUGAUUCUGUGGUUGUUCCAUGUUAUCAGUAGCGGAAGAUACAUAAAUCCAUUGCUGCUGAACCUUUUGCACUACCCGAUACCCAAAACUCAUAUCCCCGAGUUCAAAAACCUCCGCAUUAGCAUAACAGGCAUCAACGGCGACGCCCGAUAUUACCUCGUCUCAUUGAUCACAGCCAUGGGCGCCAGCUUUACCAAAACCUUAGAUGCCAAGAACGACAUCCUCGUAAGCGGCUCUGCAAUUAGCGAAAAGCAUCAAACUGUGCAGAACCGUUGGUCUAAUAUUAAACUAGUGAAUUACCUCUGGAUCGAAGAUUGUUUUGCCAAUUGGAAGUAUAUGGAUUUUUCCGCAGAUCGAUACUCGCUGUUUGAUAAUCAACAACAACCAUUGGGAGAUGCCACACUUUCUUCUGAAAUUGUCAGAAAAUGUACUGACCUAGCGUCUGAUCUCCUGGGCAUCGAUGAUAGCGCUGCCGAGGAUAUUGACGAGAAUGUGAGAAUUGCUACAGACAAUAUUACUGGAGUAGAUUUAAAUGCUGCUAGGGACAAUGUAAUCGGAGAAGAUAUAGAAGACGAUGUGCAACAAGAGACUAACGCUGAGGACUCGGUCUCGAAUGCAGUGAAUGGCGCUCAAACAGAGCAACUAGUCCCAUCGGUAGAUAUCGCUAGCAAAGACAACGAGAGCUUGAGCUUUAAAGUUGUCUCCCAAACCGAAGAAGAAAGUAAUGCAGCUGUGAAGGUAUUCAGCGACGUUUCACAAAUUGAAGAAAUAUCAACCAACCCCGAACAAAUUUCCGUGGUUGAGUUGAAUGAUACGUCCUCUUCACCAAUCCAUGCUAGAGCCAGCCGUUCUGCAAAGCAGAAAGCUUCUCUCAAAUUGCAUUCUGACAUGGAGGAUCUCAAUAAGUACAUGACCAUCUCUAAAUCAUCCAAAAAGAUGAAGGAUUACAUGGAUCAACUCGAGCGGGCCUCAGAAAAGGCAAAGAAGAGACCCAGUGAGGUAGAUGAUUCGUCUAUCCAAGAGGUCAAAGAGGUUCCUUCGAAGAAAAAAGUCAAGACAGAUUUGGCACUGAAAUAUGUGACUAUCUUGACUGGAUGUGAGCAGAUAUUUGUUCCAUCAAGAGCCGACACAGCUAAAUUGGCGAAAGUUGGCAUUUCUAUAGUCAACGACUUUAACUCUUCCAAAAAAGUUAUAGAUACCAUCGUUGCGCCCAAGGUUCUACGAACCGAAAAGUUUCUCAAGAGUCUCAGUCAAGCCCACAGAAUUAUUCACCCCAAUUAUUUGACCGACGUUCUUUCCUAUAUUGCUGUAAACGGAACACAAGUCAUUGCUGACGAUUUACACAAUCAAAUCAGUGUGAAUGACUACUCAUUGGAUAAAGUUUUAUCAGUGAAACAAGUAAAUGAAGAGUUAGGGUAUGAGGGGUCGGGGAACGGAUUAACGGAGUUAUUGAGCGCCAAGAGCGGCAACUUCAUUUUCGACCAACUCCGAUUUAAUCUCUCUACCAAUCUCAAUGGUGGACCCGCUUUGAUUGAAAGUAUUCUCAGGGCUCACGGAUUGCGUGCCUCUAAAACCAUCAAAGUCCUGACAUCCAUGUCGAAACGAGAAUUGCUCACCUCACCUGAUGGUAACGCGGUGAUCGUGACAAACAAGAAAAAAGAUCCAAAGUGUCAGAUUGAAGGGGUUGUUCUUGUUGAUUGGAAUUGGUGCGUAAAGUGUAUAUUCCAUGGCAAAAUCUUGCCAUACCAAUGA